CUCGAUAAUUAUGAAGGACAUGAUGUAUUCAGCUUAAACUAGUUUCGUCCGUGGAAGCUGAUCAAGUAUUUGAUCGAAUUCGGAAGACGUUUGUUAGAUCCUAUUCUCGACCGACUCAUCGAUGAAGCAACACGACACAUCCCUUUAUCCAUUCAAUCUGUACUUCGUUCUAUACUCUUACAUAUUCAUCAGCCAUCAGCAGAAAUUGUGCCUCAACCUGUAAACAGCACGAUGUGGCAAGCCAUGUAUCAGUACUUUAUCGAUAUGCCUUCAAGCGAGGACUACAAAAAGAUUGCAGGCUGUAUAGCUACUGGAUACCUCGUUGUGAAGAUGUGUGGAGCGAUCUAUUUAUCACGCACGCGACAUCACGCGCGUAUUCAACGCUUAUUUUGUCAAAUGAUACACCAAGCCUAUCUUUGUCUAAAAGUAACAGUAUUUAUUGGGGUCGAACUCUACCUAUUACCUAUUGUGUGUGGAUAUCUCUUUGAUGCAGCUUUAUUUGACUUGUUUUUUGGUGACGAAAGCGUCUGGCUAGAACAGACGAUAGGCUACUUAGAAAAAAAUAGAUGGACAUCUCGUUUCCUGCAUUGGUUUGUCGGCACAACAUUCAUGUUUUUGUUUACAUCUACCAUCAACUUUUUCAGAUCCAUCCUUCGCCCCGGCGCUCUCUGGUUUAUCCGGGACCCCAAUGAUCCACAGUUUCAUCCAAUCAAAGAAUUGGCUGAACGACCUGCUUGGACACAACUCAAAAGACUAUGUCUAGUUGCUUUCAUCUACAUGUGUGUGAUACUUGUAGGUGUUGGUCCCCUUGUUGACUGGACUGCGAUCAUUUGUCAUUCUUUACUGCCUCUGCAAUUGAACUAUACCCAGCCGCUAUCUGUAGUUCCCAUCGAUUUAUUAGCAUUCAUGUUUCUUAUGCCAAGAAUAGUAGCAUGUCUUGAUGCAAAGGACAACUUUAUUGCUUGGUUUGCAUGGCUACUUCAUCAGUUUCGUCUAAGCCACUUUUUCUUGGGCACACGAAGGAUCGAAGAAGAAGGAGAGGUGUCUUACAAGACUUGGAAAGCAUGGAUACAACGACCCAAAUACGACAUGAAUGCAAAUCAAGUAGAUGUCCUUACGUUUCACCCGAACGGACAAUUUCUUCGUGUUCCCAAACAUGAUAGAGUACGCCGCCACGUUCCUGGUCAGCGCAUGCUAGUACCUGUGGGUGGAGUUACCCAGGAAGGUCAUCCAGCCGCAAGAAACUCCGAAGAGCUCGAAGAGAACACAACGGUGGUGUAUGCGCCACCCAACUUUGAAGCACGCGUUAUCAUGAUGCUGAUAACUCUGUGGACGUCUGUUGGGAUCUUUGCACUCUUUGGACUGUUGAUAUUACCUAUUGUCAUUGGCAGACAAAUCAUCAAGGGGAAUGAUGUGUAUGCACACUUUCUAGGAUGCUGUACAUUGUUUUGUGUAAAAUUCGUCAAGAAGAUCAAGCAGGAAACCUUUUCUCAAGCUAUGGCAUGGGUGAGAAAUCUAAUGGUGAUAUUGAUGUCAUUUGGUAUCAUUCUGCCUUUAUUGUUUGGACUCUUGCUUGAGUUCUAUGUCAUCAUUCCAUCACAGGCUACUGAAAGGAUAGUAAUACAACCCGUCUUUGUCUGGGCCAAUGGACUUGUGCUACUUGAAUUAAUUGUUCAGUUAUCUCAGCAGAUCUUACCGGCUACACACAGCGUCAACCAAUCUAUUGACAGACUGAAGGGCCAAGGAAUAGAUCAGCUCAGUAUAAAGCGAGAGAUGAGGCAAGUAGCCCUCCCACUGAUCAUAAUGUCUUUUAGUAUGCUACUAUUACCAUUUUUGUCUGUCAAAUUCUAUUCUUAUAUAUUUUCAAUGGACGAUCAUCCUAAGCUAUACCAAAGAGCAUACCCACUAUGUUCAAUCAUCAUUGGACUCUAUUGCAUGUUACCCACUUUCAAAGCGUACAUAAGCAAGUGGAUUGAUUCAGUGAGGGAAGAUUAUUACCUAAUAGGAAGAGUUUUACACAACUUUGAAUAAAUCGCUUGUCAUACCUUUUUAAUCAACGUGUGCUUAAUAAUUUAAUUAUCA